CCGCCCCCGCCAUGACAUGACGGCGGGGCGGGGCCGCAGCCAGCAACCGGCAGCCGGCGGGCAGCGGGCGCCUCCGCCCGACCUGGGCGGUCGAUGGGGUCGCUGGCGCUGGCCCUCGUCUGCUGCCUGCUGCGGGCGGGCGCGGGCACCCAGCCCGGCCAUGAGGGCGGCGGCCAGGAGAGAGAGGCGGCGGCGGCGGCGGCGCUGCGGGAAAGUGCUAAAAGAAUUAGACUGAUGAAUUCAUCAGCAAAUGAUAAUGCAUCUGCUUUCUAUGGAAUAAAUCAGUUUUCUCACCUGUUUCCUGAAGAGUUCAAAGCUAUUUACUUAAGAAGCAUACCUCACAAACUUCCCAGAUACAUAAAAGUGCCAAAGGGGGAGGAAAAACCUUUGCCAAAGAAGUUUGACUGGAGGGACAAGAAAGUCAUUGCAGAAGUGAGAAAUCAGCAAACAUGUGGAGGCUGCUGGGCUUUCAGUGUUGUGGGUGGUAUAGAGUCUGCCUAUGCAAUUAAAGGAAAUAAUCUGGAAGAACUCAGUGUACAGCAGGUUAUUGACUGUUCAUACAAUAAUUAUGGCUGCAGCGGUGGAUCCACUAUUAGUGCUUUGAGCUGGCUGAACCAGACAAAAGUAAAGCUUGUGAGAGAUUCCGAAUACAGUUUUAAAGCUCAGACAGGAUUGUGCCAUUAUUUUCAUCGCUCAGAUUUUGGAGUUUCAAUAACGGGAUUUGCUGCAUAUGACUUCAGUGGCCAGGAAGAGGAAAUGAUGCGGAUGCUUGUCAACAGGGGCCCUUUGGCAGUAACAGUAGAUGCAGUGAGCUGGCAGGAUUAUCUUGGUGGAAUCAUACAGUAUCACUGCUCCAGUGGAAAAGCAAAUCAUGCUGUUCUUAUCACUGGUUUUGACAGAACAGGUAGCAUCCCUUACUGGAUUGUACAGAACUCUUGGGGACGUACGUGGGGAAUAGAUGGCUAUGUUCGUGUUAAGAUAGGCAGCAAUGUCUGUGGUAUAGCGGAUACAGUUUCAUCAGUGUUUGUUUGACAUUUAUUGGCCAAAGACCACAAUUAUUAUUUGGUUAAUAGUUUGGCGUAUACUGCAUGUGAAGACUUUCCUUCAAAGCAGCAUUUCCUAAAGUAAGAAACUACUGUACAGGGAAUUUUCUCUUUUGGGCAGAUAUGGCUUGGCCAGGGUAUUUAAAAAUGUUUUUAUCUGGAAUGUGUGUUGCGUAUCAAAUCUUCCCUGGAAUGAGAGGGCUGAGUGUUGACUGCAGAGUGAGGAAAAAGGAAGUUACAAAAAUGGACUGAAACUGUGAAUCUGAACUCUAUCCAGAAGGUGUUGAAUGCUAAAAAAUCCACUCCAUAAGAAAUCUUCUGACAAGGAAUGUAGUGAUGACAGAUGAUGUGGAAUUUGAAUCAAGAAAUCAACAGUAUGACAGAGUAUAACUGAAAUGCUUUGAAUGUGAGAAUAACCAUGAUUAAGUCUGCUUUUAUUUUGGGGAGGUUGGAGGGUUAGAAGAAAAUACUCUGUUAUGCUUUGAUGUCUGUUUUGGCUUUUCUGGCACCUCUGACAGACACAUGCAUUUUGUCGUCUUCCUUUUUGUAGAACAGUACUUAUUUUCUAAAGCUAGAGGAAUAAAGGAGGGAGAUGUAGAGUCAAAGUUGUUUCCAGGCAACCAGUGUCUGUAUUGCUGCUGUCCUUCCAUUUCAGUCUUUGACCUUUCUUGGGUAAAUAUAACUUAUAUUCCCUGCUCUGAAGAACAUAAGUUUUGGAAAGUGCCUGAAGUAUCUGAGUUUUCUAAACCUAGUUUGUUAGAUGCAUAAAAAAGCAAGAAGUAACUGUUAAGUAAGUUGCAUUUAGACAAACAGGCAGUUUUACUAGUGGCUUGACAUGAAGGUAUAUCGUGUAUCCUAACAGGACAUGUGCAAAUCAGCUGUUCUGUGCUUUGAGAGCUGUGUCAGUUCCAUGCUUUCUCUCUUUACUUCAUGCUAACACUGAAGCCAAUUGCAAAGUGCAAAUUCAGAAAUUUAUUUAUUUUAUUACAGAAAAGGUUUUGGCAGGGGGGGAGGGGACUGUUAAUUUAUGUUUGCCACCUUUAAAAAGGCAGUAGUCAUAGAAUACUCCAUAUAGAGUGGAUGCUGAAUUUCCCUACAAAACUGUUUAACUAUAUUCUUGAACCUGUACUGACUGGAGGGACUUGUUGGGAAACAAAAAGUGGUUCCAGCUUUGCUGAUCUGUAAAAAUGCAAUUGCAGGCAAAUACAAAUAGAACUCAGAGCUAAACAUGCAAUUCUAAAAUGCCCUGAAUUUUUCAGCUAGAAUGCCUUCUAGUCCACUGUAUCCUUUAUGAAGCACUAUUAUGAAAAGUAAUGAAAAGUUUGUAAUUUUUGCACUCACUUGUGAUACCAUGUUAAUAGUUUUGUGUAUAAUAAUCUUAUGACAAAUGCAAUGAAUAUUCGUAAUUCUUCAUUGUAAGUGUUGUCAUUUUAGUCUUUCCACUUCUCCUUGUUAGCAAUCAGUCAUUCUUUCAUUUAAAAUAUUAUAUAUUUCUACUUCAGGCAGUUCAGCUACUGACUGAAUUUUACUGGCUGAAAACUUCAGAUUAGCGAAAGGAGAAGUAUAUGUACAUAUUCUCUAAUAUGACCUUCCCUUAAUAGUUCAUAAACAAUGAGUAGCACACUGUACUAACUGGAAGUCAAUAGCUGAAGUUACAAAUCAGCACAGAUAAGCAUAACGUUAUAGUAGUAUCAAACACAGAAGUUCUACCUAUGUUAACAAUUUUUGAGGUGAUUUUAUCAGGCAUAAGUGUUUACACUAAGAUACAGAACAACUCAGACAUGCUCUGUAUGCCUUAAUUUCUGGUAGUUCCAAGGGAAGCAUUUAGAAAGACAAGUGUCUGUCUAAUGAGAAGCAGACACAGCUCUAGCAAUACUCUCUGGCCAAAUUUGCCUCGGUCUUACUAUAUAUUAAUUGUGCUCUUGUUGCAAUGAUAUUUUGAAUUAAAAAACUUUAAACAUC